AUGGCCGAUUCAACGGACGAAGGCGCCAAUGCGGUGUCUGAACCGCUUGACCUUGUGCGUCUAUCCCUGGAUGAGAUUGUGUUUGUCCGGCUACGUGGAGAUCGCGAGCUGAAAGGAAGACUACAUGCAUAUGAUAGCCAUUGCAAUCUUGUGCUCGGAGACGUCGAAGAGACAAUCUACACGAUUGAGGAAGAAGAGGACGGCGAAGAGGCCAUCAAGACAACCAAGAAACAAUCAGAUAUGCUGUUCGUGCGAGGAGACUCGGUUGUACUCAUCUCUCCCCAGCCUGGGUCAUGA